AUGAUAUUCCUUUUUUCCACAAUUCGUAUAGCAGCUAUCUUCUCAAGGAGAGAUGAUCUUCCUGUUUCCUCAAUUCGUAUAGCAGCUAUCUUCUCAGGGAGUGAUGAUAUUCCUGUUUCCUCAAUUUGUAUAGCAGCUAUCUUCUUACAGCUAUCUUGUCAGGGAGAGAUGACAUUCCUUUUUUCCUCAAUUCGUAUAGCAGCUAUCUUCUCAGGGAGAGAUGAUCUUCCUAUUUCCUCAAUUCGUAUAGCAGCUAUCUUCUCUGGGAGUGAUGAUAUUCUUGUUUCCUCAAUUUGUAUAGCAUCUAUCUUCUUAGGGAGUGAUGAUAUUCCUCAGCUAUCUUCUCUGGGAGAGAUGAUAUUCCUGUUUCCUCAAUUUCGUGUAGCAGCUAUCUUCUCCGGGAGAGAUGAUCUUCCUGUUUUCUCAAUUCGUAUAGCAGCUAUCUCCUCCGGAAGAGACGAUAUUCCUGUUUUCUCAAUUCGUAUAGCAGCUAUCUUCUCCGGGAGAGAUGAUAUUCCUCUUUUCUCAAUUCGUAUAGCAGCUAUCUUCUCCGGGAGAGAUGAUAUUCCUCUUUUCUCAAUUCGUAUAUCAGCUAUCUUCUCCGGGAGAGAUGAUAUUCCUCUUUUCUCAAUUCGUAUAGCAGCUAUCUUCUCCGGGAGAGAUGAUAUUCCUGUUUUCUCAAUUCGUAUAGCAGCUAUCUUCUCUGGGAGAGAUGAUCUUCCUGUUUCCUCAAUUUCGUGUAGCAGUUAUCUUUUCUCAAGGAGAGAGAUGAUAUUCCUCUUUCCACAAUUCCAGCUAUCUUCUCAGGGAGAGAUAUUCCUUUUUUCCACAAUUCGUAUAGCAGCUAUCUUCUCAAGGAGAGAUGAUCUUCCUGUUUCCUCAAUUCGUAUAGCAGCUAUCUUCUCAGGGAGUGAUGAUAUUCCUGUUUCCUCAAUUUGUAUAGCAGCUAUCUUCUUACAGCUAUCUUCUCAGGGAGAGAUGAUAUUCCUUUUUUCCUCAAUUCGUAUAGCAGCUAUCUUCUCAGGGAGAGAUGAUCUUCCUGUCUCCUCAAUUCGUAUAGCAGCUCUCUUCUCAGGGAGUGAUGAUAUUUCUGUUUCCUCAAUUCGUAUAGCAGCUAUCUUCUCCGGGAGAUGA